AUAUCACAUGUGUGUUUUUACAAUUACCACCGUGACAAUUUUAUCAUUCUCUGUAGGGGAAAUGAAGUAAAACCUCGAAACACCAGAAGCCACCAGAGCACGGCAUGGGGGAUUUCUUUUCACUGCUUGAGAUUACUGGAGUUGAAAUACAGUAAGUCGCCAUUUACUGUAUUUUCAGUAGUAUUAUUAGUGGUGAUAAUAUUAAACAGCUAGAAAAAAAGCAGUGUGAGUUUCAAAUGUGGUUGAAAUUAGUCUAGGCUGACUUUUCCUUCUCUGCACUUUUGCCUGUUCUAAAGCAACAUAAAAAGUUGUUAUCUCCUUAAUUCAAACCACUGUUAUCUCCUGUAGUCUCACUGAUUGAUUUCAAUAAUAAAUUAGUCCUGUUAUCGAAUCAAUAUUUAGUAAGAAUAUAUUUUACCUUGAUAGUCCAGCAUCAUAAAUACUGUCUGUAUUGAUAUUUGCUCUGUUGAUUCAUUUUAAUUAGAAGUUGACACAUUUCCUUUAAAGCAUUAAUUCAUUCCCAAAUUCCCAGAUUUACAUUUGUUAUCGUCAGCCUCAUACGUCAAACACUCCAACCUCCACCCACAUCAACAUCCCCCACACCUCCCUCCCUCUCUCGCUCUUGGACGGACUGCACGCUAUCAGUUUCAUUUAAGGCAGUUAAGAGGCACUGCUAACAGAUAAAACUGAAAGCAUUCACUGUACAGCAGUGGAGGAAGAUGUUGUUCAUCAUGAUAAUUACCGGUUUGUUAUUCAAAGCCUCAAAGUCACAGAUCACCGGUCAUGGAAAUACAACAGCUGCCUACGGCGGGGAUGUGCAAUACAGCUGCGCACUAGCUGAUCCGACAGGUGUGCUCCAGGUCACGUGGCAGAGGCUUUUCAAGGAGGAGUCUAUUGAGAAUUUGGCAACAUACAGUAAGCGGUUCGGACAGCAAGUAAAUGAGCCCUACCGGGAGAAAGUGAUCUUCACAGAAGCGUCUCUCAGCUCAACAUCCAUCACUCUGAGAAACGUCACAUGGGAAGACGAAAGCUGUUAUAUCUGCUCAUUCAAUGUGUAUCCCGGCGGGUCCAAAAGGAAGCAGACUUGCCUCACAGUGCAAGGAAUAUCUGAGGUGGAAACAGGUGUGCAAGCUCCCACUGGUGGAAUCGAGAAUGAAAACAUUGUGAAGGUUGUGUUUAGCUGCAGUGCCACAGGUAAACCAGCUCCAACCAUCCACUGGUCACACUCAGCUGGCGCCAUUCCCUUAGACCAACCACAGACUACUACAAUAACAAACAGUGACCACAAAUAUACCAGCAGCAGCAACAUCACUCUGGAAGUACCUCAAGGCUGGAAUGGGUCUGUGGUUUGUAAGCUGAACAAUGGACUGACGGGACAAAGGCUGGAGAGGAUCCCCUUUUCUUUGCAUCCUAAGGAGGACCCCAAUGGUAAGGUACUGUCCUCAUCUGGGAUUGCACUUGUAACUACUGCGGUAGUUUUUGUUUCCUGCAUCCUUGUUGGUGCUGCAAUUCGGAAAAAAAGGUUAAAGGACAGCAGAAGAGAUGAAAAUGUUUAAUGAGCAUAAGUAAUGUUUGUCCGUAGUGUCACUGUGGCUGUUGAAGCAUGCAAGCAUUAUACAAAUCUGCAUUUAAACUUUCAAGAUGUAACAGUGAAUUAAGCUAAUAGCUGCUAUCCAAGAUAUUUUUUUUGUGUGUUUUGAAACUGUCCAGUCGACAUUUCUUUUACUCAGCACUUUGUCAAUGGAGCUUCAAGCUAAACGCCUGUCCAGGCUUUGUAGAAUGUAAAACUGCAGGAACUAUGACCACUGAUUCAUAGGAGUAGCCCAUUACACGAGCUUCUUAACUGUGAAGUGAAAUGAGUAAAAGGUUUACAGAGAGUCUACAUUUGAGCAUAAUUAACCACAUGUAGAACUUUAGAGUUAAUUUAAGACGUGUUGGUUUUGGCGAUAGAAAGGAAAAUGUCCAGUGCGAGGCAGUAAACGUCAGACUGGGGAUAUAGCGCCACCUAGUGGUCGUUGUGGGAAAAUAAAGAUUUUCAUUUAUUCAUUUAGCUGAAGCUUUUAUCCAAAGCGACUUACAGUUGCUAUACAACUGUUGCUAUAUAUGUCAGAGGUCGCACGCCUCUGGAGCAGCUAGGGGUUAAGUGUCUUGCUCAGGGACACAAUGGUGGAUUGAACCCAGUUUUCUCACACCAAAGGCAUGUGUCUUAUCCAUUACACCAUCACCACCCAGAUAAAGUAAAGAAAUGUGGUUUAAAUAUGGAGAUAGAAUCAGAAUCAUAAACACUGUGACACACAGAUAAUCACAAGUAGGCUCCCUCACACAAAGGAAUAUAAUAGAAAAUUUUAUCUGUUAAAUUUUUUGCACAGGAAAUAGAAAUUGUUCACUUGAUUAAGUGAUCUAUGAAGUUGACAUGUGGCAAUAAGGUAAUAAUUUCAGCCUACAACAAAAUGAGGAAAACUAGCCAUCUAUAUAGUUUAUAUGAUAUAUAAUAUAUUGCAUAAUAGAUAUAAUGUAUCAUUUUCUGCAUACUAUUUUCUGGAGGUAAUUUUGCACUUUAUUGUUCAAUGUUUUUCUGCACUUUAAAUGUUAUUUAUUGCUCAUUGGACAUCUCCCCUGACAGAUUUACUGAAUUGUAACUGUGGUGUAGUGUCUAAGGGAGAUGGUAGUAUUUUUUUCAUUCCUGUCAAACUAUUAUUAACCUGUGUGUUAUGUUCAUGGACAUUCUCCACUAUUUCUAAUAAUCUGGGGUUUUUUUUGUUAAUGCCUUUCUAAUAAUUUAUUCUCUGACCUUUUCAGUGUAUUUAUUUUUCUUCAGAUAAUUAAAAUAUGAUGUAAUGUUAUAAGUGA